CUCAUCUUGCCGUAACGUUUCUUCGAUAUCUCAACGCAAGGCAUCCUCGCAGACGAUGGGCGCCGGCCAUUACUCUGCUCUGUCCCAACCAACCCUCGGAAUGAGUGAACUGGUCUGCAAGACUCUCGACCACGACGCUACUGACAUCCUCAUCGACAAGUGGCUGGAACACCGCAACGACGCGUACUGGGAAUGGUUCCAAAACAUAAGACAGCGCAAGCACGCUGCAAACACUCUAAAACGCCAGGUCAUCGCUUGGAACAAGGGCGAUUUCGUCCCCGAGAAUAUUUUCUGUCGCACCGUCGACACCAGCAGACUCAUUCCCCUCGACCGCACCUGGACAACUCACGUUUACCACCACCGAUCCAUGCAAGACAGGAAACUCUCCAUGAUGCCCGUCGUGUUCACCAUGUUACCCGAACUCAUGAUUCUCAGGGGGAUGCAUGAUCAUGGCUGUGACGACGUGUACAUCAUAGUCACAGAUGUGAAGAAGCAGGAGAUGGACGACAUCACCGACUAUUUCAAACUGGUCUGCCGUUAUGCCUACGGAAAGAAAUGUAAACCAAGCAGAGAAAGCCAAAUCCAAUACGAACACAUGCGUCUCACCCACACACUGCUCAGACAGAGACGUACUCCGUGUUUCCCUCAGAUCGACCUCGCCUUCCGUGCAAUCCUGUACGAAAAACGCCCUCCCUUUAUCAUUUUAUUCUCCCAUCAAACUACUUCAUAUUCCCAAAUCCUGUUCACACACUCGCUCUUCGUACCCGCAGAAGAUAUCUUUUACGAUUUCCCCAGCGGAUGUCCAAACCCCUGCUGCAACGACGAUUGCGAAAUGAUCCGCUUCCCUCGACGCGGCCUCGAAGGAGCAGUCGUUUUAUCCGUUAAACGUGGUGGAAAGUAUGGAAAGAGAGUUAGGGCCAAGGAAAUGUGCAAUUGGGUCGACUGCACCGCUUCCUUCAGUGAGGAUACACGGCAGGGCGACGGUGAAACGAGCAGCGAGGGUUCUCAGAGCAACAGCAAUAGGGAAUGCAAUAGUGGCACCACUAAAAACGGCCUUGUAUGCAGCAAGUGCAGACUCGUCAAAUAUUGUUCCCCAGAGCACCAGAAGAAGGAUUGGGAAGAACACCGCAGGGUGUGCGCAAAGCCAGCCAGUGCGUAAACCCGAGCAGUGUCUUCACCCACGCCACGAGUGUCAUGAUGUAUAUGUCUUUUUUUAACGUCGUGUCUGUCUCCACGCUUUUAUGUUUCUUCUCGAUUAUUUCCGCUUUUUUCCCGUCAUGUUGUUCUGUACGAGUAAUAUCUACGGGUGUUGCCAGUCACGUAGCUACUACCGUACGCCUCAUCUGUCUUUAUUAAUUUUCUUGUGAGCGAGGCACUCGCGAUUCUUGUUGUAUGGUAUAGGGCCCAGUUGCCAGCCAACCAUCUG